CACAAACUGUACACGCGGUACACAAAUUUUGUGAAGCGCCAAAAUGGCGGCUACAACGAAUGGUAAUGGGAAUCUAGUUGACGAAUUUGAAGAAGCUUUUCAGUCAUGUCUGUCCGUUCUGACGAAAGAAGAGGUACUGCCAACAAUGGAAAAAGAUGAAAUUCGAGUCGAGGUGGAUCACACAAUUUUACGUUUUAUAGAUUUAGCUCGUCAAAUGGAGGCCUUUUUCCUACAGAAGAGGUUUCUUUUAUCAGCCCUGAAACCAGAAUUAGUGGUGAAGGAGGAUACAAAUGAGCUUCGACAGGAAUUGGUGCGGAAAGAAGAGUUAAUAAAGAGGCACUAUGAAAAAAUAGCAGUGUGGCAAAAUCUGUUUGCUGACCUACAAGGUUGGGCAAAGUCUCCAGCCCAAGGACCUGCUUCCUCAGGCUUACCUAAUGGAAAUUCAGGACCCCAACCUCCAGCACCCCCUACAGGUGCACCCCCACAACCCAAUAUGUCUAGCAAUAUGCAACAACAGCUUCAGCAGCAGCAGCUGCAGCAACAACAAAUUCAACAGCAGCAGCAACAGCAACUUCAGCAACAGAUUCAGCAACAACAGAUGCAACAGCAGAUUCAGCAGCAACAGAUGCAACAACAGGGUCCACCAGGAAUCUCUGUAGCUUCUGGUAGUGGGGGUCCCGGUCCAAUGGUUUCACCCCAACAAGCGAUGUUUUUGCAGCAGUCUGCAGGUCCACGGGGUGCUCCUGGUUUUCCUACACAGGGACCAGGUGGAGUGCUGCAGGGACCCUUGGCAUUCUUGGAGAAGACCACAAGCAACAUAGGAAUGCCAGAAGGACGUAGGUGA